ACCUUCUAACGCAUUACGAGAUAUAUCUUGUGGAGCUUUUCUGUUCAACUAACAGCGAUAAUAACAAGACCGGGUCUUCCUCGACUUCGAGCACUUUCAUACCUUUGACGAAAGCAAGGUUAUCCUCCUCGACCUGUCUUUGCCCGCUCGACGCAAACCUCUGCGAACCCUCGUCACGCUUCUUAGCCUGCGCCUUAUGACCUAGACCAUCGAACAAUGGACGACGAAGAUGAUCCGAUUGUCGCCUCAUAUGAUGUCUUAUUAACAGAUCCUUCCAACAAGGAUUCUUCAAAUUUAUUUGUUCUUCAGUACCCGGCACAUCGGGAGAGGACCAGACCUUACGAUGCCCUUCACGAACAAAACCCCACCUCUCUUCGCUUAAAACCAGAUACAGGGUUUGUGGAGGUGGAUAUCCCACUGGUGACCACACAGCACUACAAUUACGAUGCUGCGAAGAAAUUCGGAAAGACAAUAUCUGAGAGUCGCACCAGAUCAGCAGGAGGGUCGCAUGGUUUGGGCGGUGGCUUCUCAACAGGCCCUUCAGAUCCGAGGAUGAGAGACGGGCUGAUGCAUGACCACGACACUAACGAAUCCGGCAUGCUUGAUAUCCAAACUCUCGGGGGAAAAAUUGUCACUCCAAGCCCUCGGGACCCGAUCUACUUUGUAGGAUGCUUUCACCGUAAUCAACUCCAUCUCACUCAUGUGGACGCUGUGGUCCAGAUGCGACCCCAAUUACAUCAUAUUGACGCCGAGGAUGAACUCGCUCAGAAGAAAUUACAAUCGAGCGCAUCGACUGCACGACAGAAGCCAGGGCUUGAGACCGCUGCUGCAAAAGUCGAGUCAAAACCGAUCGAGGUUAAAAUCAAAAACGACAAAGAGGACGCCAAAGAUCGCAGCCUGAAUGAAAAUGCCAGACUUCUUCGAGAUAUCCAGGUUGACAAAUGGCAGCACCAUGACUGGGUAGCCGAGGAGGAUGACGAAGCAACGAACAUGUUUGCCCAAUACAUGCACUCACAUUCCAAGGGAGGCGAGCUGGCCAAACUCGGAAGCUCUCUUAGUAACGGUCAGUGGUUGGACAAGAUGAGCGCCCCAAGAGAAGACGGGAAGAAUGGGCUUCUGGGCAAAGUGCGUGGUCGGCAGCGUGAACGUGCAAGAAGAAGAAAGGCCGAGGAAGAAAAGCGGCAGCGUCAAAGAGAAGCACCAGGGUCUACACGUGGUCAAAGUAGUGCAAUGUUGGACAUGAGUUCAGAGAGCGACCUGACCACACCCGAGGCCUCGGAAAGUGAGGCUGAGGACGAGACCGCAGAGGUCGGAACACAGGAGAUCGAGACCGUCACAAUCAAGGAAGAACCUAAUAUUUCUGCAGCACCUGAGGCCACUUCCACCACCACACCCAAGAAGAGAGGACGUCCACGCAAGAUCCAAAAUGUGGAAGAUUGAGGUUAUCACGUCAUGUUGAGAGGGAAACACCAUAUUCCGACAUCUCGACGGAACAUUUCAUGAGCUUUUCCUCAGCCAUGUGUAACAAUAGAGGGAGUCAACGAAUACUCUGCAGAGACAAAACGAAUAUCUCCUGAGAAUAGAGGACAAGCAUAUCCUACGGAGUAGUCUAC